AUGAAGACCACCGCCUACCUCUCCGCUGUUCUCGGCCUCGCCUCCGCCGUCAGCGCUCACUACACCUUCGACAAGCUCACCAUCGGCGGUCAGCAGGAGGGUACCGACAACCAGUACAUCCGCAAGCACCAGAACGGUUACAUGCCCAUGAAGUUCAAGAACGCUCCCGAGGGCUCCAUCUCCCCCAACGACAAGGACUUUGUCUGCAACAAGGGAUCCUCCGCUGCUCCUGACGUCUUCAAGGUCAAGGCCGGUGAUGAGGUUGGUCUUAAGCAGGCUUUCGGCGGUACUGGUAUGCAGCACCCUGGUCCUAUCCAGGUCUACGCCGCCAAGGUCGACAACGCCGCCACCGCCGACCCUUCCAACCUCGACUGGUACAAGAUUCACCAGGGUCUCGUCUGCAAGGAGGGCAGCCCCGAGCAGCUCCGUGGUCCCUCUUGGUGCUCUUGGGACGAGGACUCCGUCCACUUCAAGAUCCCCUCUACUCUCCCCGACGGUCAGUACAUCGUCCGUGGUGAGCACAUUGCUCUCCACGGUGCUCACGGUGGUGAGGCUGAGUUCUAUACUGCCUGCGCUCAGCUCGAGAUCUCUGGCAACAGCGCCACCAGCAUCCCUGGUGACUCCGUCAAGAUCCCCGGUGUCUACAAGCAGGACGACCCUGCCGUCAACUUCUCCCUCUGGGGCUCUUCCACCGCCUACGACCUCACCCCCGGCCCUGAUGUCAUCCCCGGUGGUACCAUCCGUGGUUCCGCUGACGGAAAGGCUGGUGACGUUGUCAAGACUGUUGAGGGUGGUGCCGCUCCUGCUGCUGAGUCUCAGAACCAGGCUCCCGCUCCCCAGGAGAGCCAGAACCAGAACCAGCAGCAGGGCAACAACGACUCUGGCUGCAACUCUGCCCCCUACGUCCGCCGCCACGCUCGUGACGUCGCUGUCCGUGCUUAA